UUCUGUCUCAUACAGAGUCAGUCUGAAUCAGCUGGAGGUUGAAGACGAUGCUUAAACAAUAUUUUCAGUGAAAUAUUUCAUCAAGAAACAAAAACAAAUGGAGAAUAUAACAAUGUCAAAAGGGUUUGGAGAAAACUUAGCAUAUGAACAUGCUCAGGUUGUGCCAUUGACGAUAUUUGUUGCGGUUUUAUGUCUGUGUUUAGUGGUUGGUCACUUGCUUGAAGAAAAUCGAUGGGUUAAUGAAUCCAUCACCGCCAUUAUCAUUGGAUGUGUUUGUGGAAUCUGUAUCUUGGUUCUAAGCAAGGGGAAGGAUUCUCAUAUAUUAAGGUUUAAUGAAGAGUUGUUCUUUAUAUAUUUGCUUCCUCCUAUCAUUUUCAAUGCAGGAUUUCAGGUCAAGAAAAAGCAAUUUUUUCAGAAUUUUGUGACCAUUAUGCUGUUUGGAGUGGUGGGUGUUUUCAUUUCUGUGCUCGUUAUUGUGGUUGGUAGCAGGUGGUUGUUUCCGAAAAUGGGAUUUCUUGGUCUGAGUGGACGCGACUAUCUUGCUAUAGGAGCGAUCUUUUCGUCUACUGAUACAGUGUGCACACUUCAGGUGCUUCAUCAAGAUGAGACUCCUUUGCUGUAUAGCUUGGUCUUUGGCGAAGGAGUCGUAAAUGACGCAACAUCAGUUGUUCUGUUUAAUGCCAUACAAAAGAUGGAUGUGACCGGGCUUAAUACGAAGACUACACUCAGGGUUAUUGGAGAUUUCUUUUACUUGUUCUUGACAAGCACUGCUCUUGGAAUUACUACUGGACUUGUGACGGCAUUUAUACUUAAAACCUUGUACUUUGGAAGACAUUCGAGCAUUCGUGAAAUUGCUUUGAUGGUGUUAAUGGCGUAUCUGUCUUACAUGGUAGCGGAGCUGCUAGAACUAAGUGGAAUUCUCACGGUUUUCUUUUGUGGAAUUCUCAUGUCACAUUACGCAUGGCAUAAUGUGACCGAUAGCUCGAGAAUCACAACCAAGCAUGUAUUCGCAAUGAUGUCAUAUGUUGCAGAGACAGUGAUAUUUCUCUAUGUCGGUAUGGAUGCACUUGAUAUUGAGAAAUGGAAGAAUAGUAAGAUGAACUUUGUGGAUUCAAUGAGCAUCUGUAGCACACUAGUGAUGCUUGUAUUACUUGGACGGGCAGCUUUCGUGUUUCCUCUCUCUGCUUUAUCCAAUAUCAUGAAUAGAGGAAGAUCGUCAUUAAUCACUUUCCGACACCAAGUAGUCAUUUGGUGGGCUGGACUAAUGAGAGGUGCAGUCUCAAUUGCUUUGGCUUACAAACAGUUCACAAUCUAUGGAGUGACAUGGGAUCCCGUCAAUUCUACGAUGGUCACCACCACUGUCAUUAUCGUUCUGUUCACCACACUGGUGUUUGGUUUUCUGACAAAGCCAUUAAUAUAUGUUAUACUUCCACACGAUGAGACUAACCACGCCAAUCAUCGAGAAGAGAAGAUCCCGAAAAACGAUGAACGCCUGCCUUUGCUGUCACUCGGUGAGUCUGCGGCAACCAACCUCCAGAGAGCAUCAGACAGUUUGUCUAUGCUAAUAGAAAGCCCUGCAUAUACAAUACACUACUACUGGAAGAAGUUCGAUAACGCCUACAUGAGACCUGUAUUCGGGGGUCCUCAAGGUGGCGGUCUCGGUCCGUCCGAAUGCUAGGACUGUAUAACCUGACCAAGUUCUCCUAUAAGUUGCACACGAUGUUGAAUUGUUGAUAACGAGAGAUUUUGGGUGUAGUGAAAAGUUGGUAUAGAUUAUGCAUCUUUUCGGGUAGAUUGUAGUUUUUUCUAUAACGUGCGUAAUUCGACAAGAAUCAACUGUGUAUGUGAAGGUGUAUAAUAUUAAUAAACGUUUAGGAACA